AUGAAGGGUCCAAGAUUUUACUAUGACUACAGCUACAGAAUGAGACCAAGAAUAUUCCCAAAAUUCUUCUUUGGUAUGCUCGUGGGUGGUUUCGUUGGCUAUGUUUGGGGAAGAAACAAUAACUGCAAUCAAUCUCAUCAGAAUCAUUAUGGUCCAUUCUGUGGUUCUCAUGAUAGACACAAUUGUUGGGAUAAUAGAAACAGUUACAAUCCAAACCACCAACAAGCUUUCAAUAAUCAAACUUAUCCAACUCAAUAUACUCCUUAUCCUCAAAAUGGUCAACCUCAACAUCCUCAAAUAUUACAACAACCUUCCCAUCCAGUUGUUAAUAAUAAUCCAGUAAAUAUGAAUCAUACUGAAGAAAACAAGCCAACCAAUCAAAAUUAA